AGUUGGGAGGCGGGGACUACAUUCCCCAGUUUGUACUGGGCGCUUGCGUUGUGCAUAUCGGGAAAUGUAGUCCUCCCCCUGAGGCGCCACCUUUUGGCUUACGCCUAGUUUCUCUGAUAGCUUUAAAGGAGCAUUCCAAUGUAAGGUUGUGUGCUUCAGCGAUGCUGAAUCUCACCAACAGUCACAGAGUUAUAGACAUAUGUGCCUUACCUUUAAAGUAUUCCUGGUCAAGACAAAUACACAGAGAAGAACCCAAGGCUGAGUCCUCAAAUUCAUUGCUUCCCCACUUGGAGGCCAAGAUCCAGCAGACACACAGCCUUGCCCGCCUCCUCACCAAAUAUGCUGAGCAGCUGCUCCAGGAAUAUGUGCAGCACCAGGGAGAGCCCUUCGGGCUGCCAGGCUUCUCCCCGCCCCGGCUGCCGGUGGCAGGCCUGAGCGCCCCUGCACCAGGCCACACCGGGCUGCCGGUGCCCGAGCGGCUACGGCUGGACGCAGCGGCGCUGGCCACACUGCCCGUGCUAUUGGAUGGUGUGCGCCGCCACCAGGCGGAACUGAACCCGCGCGCGCCGCGCCUGUUGAGGCGCUUGGAGGAAGCAGCGCGCCAGGCCCGGGCCCUGGGCGCCGCUGUGGAGACGGUGCUGGCCGCGCUGGGCCACGGUUCCACCACCGAGGCUGCCGCCGCAGCCACCACCCCCACAGCUCCGGGGGGGUUCUCAGCCAAAGUGCUAGGGCUCCACGUGUGUGGCCUCUAUGGCGAGUGGGUGAGCCGCACGGAGGGUGACCUGGGCCAGCUGGUGUCUGGGGCUCCUGCCUGAUUUCAGACACAAGACCAGUUUCCACUGUUGCCUCCUCCCGGGUCCGAAUCUCCACUGCUUCCUUCACUGUGUCCUUGGACUGUCCUCACUGAUCCAUUUGUUUUGUGUCUUCCUCAUCUCUCUAGAUUCUUGUUGAUUCAGAGAACUUACCUGUCCCAUCGUUUUCAGCUUUCUGUCCUUUCUCCCUUGAGCCUUCCUCUGGUUCCUUUGGUCCUCCAUUACUGGUCUCUUGGGGGAUUUCUCUGUCUCUUUACUCAUCUGCCUCCCCUAAGCCCGUGUGGAUAGUGUGUGCAUCUCAAUCUCAUCACGUGGAAGUGGUGCUUUGUCUCUAGAGUUCUGACCAUCUUGGUCCUUUUCUGGAUGAGAAAGUGUCUGCUGGUCCUGUAGUGGGAAGCUUCUCCAUCCCAAACUUCAGCCCACCUUCCCCAGGGUCAGCCUAUCUGCUAUGCUGACCUCUUCCUCACCCACCUGUUGGUCUCCCUGGAUGUCCUGCUUCCUGUUCCCCCUGCAUAGCCCCUGCACCUCUGUCCAGGUCUGUGUAAGAAAAAGUGACACUCUGAACAAGUUUUAUUUGAGAAUAAAUUAAUUUUCUUUGUAAAUAAAACAUUUUAAAAAUAAACUGAAAAUUAGCUA